AAAAUGAUAUUCAUCCAGCAUUCCUGAGUCAUAAGAAUGGGUCCAGAUGUACCUCUGCUGAAUGAUUACAAACAGGAGUUCUUCUUGAAGCGCUUUCCACAGACUGUGCUGGGAGGUCCCCGGUUUAAAUUAGGCUAUUGUGCCCCUCCUUACAUAUACGUGAAUCAGAUUAUCCUUUUCUUGACGCCAUGGGUUUUGGGAGGAGUAGGGACACUUUUGUACCAGUUAGGCGUUCUGAAAGACUACUAUACCGCGGCACUUUCAGGAGGACUGAUGUUUGUUACAGCACUUAUUCUUCAGAUGACAAAUCUAUAUGCAAAACAGAAAACAGUGACAGUAGAGAGAAUGCAAAUUCAGAAUACCCUAACAGAUGAAGAUGAGUUUGAAUUUUCCAGCUGUGUAGGUUCAGAGACAGUAAAAUUUAUUAUUCCUGGCAAGAAGUAUAUAAUCAACACUGUAUUUCAUUCGCUUCUGGCAGGGGUAUUGUGUGGGUUGGGAACUUGGUAUUUGCUGCCAAACAGAAUAACCUCGCUAUAUAGCAACAUUGGAGGAACUGUUAUGAUCUUUGUAUUUGGAUGGGUGACUAUAUGUAUAGGAGCGUAUUCAUUAAUCAUAAAUACAGCUACCGAAACAGCUACUUUCCAAGCACUGGAUACUUACGAAAUCACUGCUCUGAUGAGACCUUUCUACAUUUUUGUCUUUAUUGCAGUGGAUCUUGCACACAGGUUUGCUGUCAACACACCCAUUCUAGAACAGACAAACCAGAUUUUGCACAUCAUAUUUCUUUUUCUGCCGUUCUUAUGGGCAAUGGGAAUUCUGCCCCCGCUUGACGCACUUUUUCUAUGGGGAAUGGAACAACUGUUGGAGUUUGGACUAGGAGGUUCACCUAUGUCAAGUAACACAAAGUUAUUAGUAAUGUUUCUCAUUUCUGCUGGAACAGCAAUAGCAUCGUAUUUCAUUCCCAGCACUCUCGGUGUGAUCCUCUUCAUGACUGGAUUUGGGUUCAUACUGAGUCUUAACCUAAGCGAGAUCGGUUUUGCCUUCAAACACACCAUGAUCAGCCAUUUAGUCUCCAGCAAAUCUAAAAAUAUGCACAGAGGUCUUAGGAUACAAUUUGGGUGGAGGGAACUUAUUUUUUAUUUGACUGUAUUGACGUUUGCUCUCAUAGAAGCUAGCCUGCUGCAUCAAUUUGCAGGCUUUUCAUUGUUUUCCAAAGCCAGUCCUCAGGCUAUAGCGAGUUACGUUCUGAUCGUAUUACUUAUAAUUAUGUGGAUUCUUAGAGAGAUUCAGAGAGUGUACUUGUUUGGAGUCUUCCGAAACCCCUUUUAUCCAAAGGAUGUCAGGACUGUGACUGUGUUCAUGGAGAAGCAAAGAAGGCUAAUGAAAGUUGGUGUUGUCAGGAGGAUUUUACUAACACUAGUGUCUCCAUUUGCUAUGAUUGCAUUCCUGUCACUAGACCGUUCGCUACAAAAUCUUCAUUCUGUGUCUGUUUGCAUUGGAUUCACAAGAAUAUUUAGGAUGGUCUGGCAGAAUACAGAAAAUGCCCUACUGGACAUAGUUGUUGUGUCAGUAGCACAAAUGUUGGUGUUUAAUCCGGACCUCUGGUGGAACAGGAGCCUUGAUACAGGAAUCAGACUCUUGCUGGUUGGUAUCUUACGGGAUCGACUGCUUCAGUUUGUCUCAAAGUUGCAGUUUGCCAUAGCUAUUCUUUUGACAUCAUGGACAGAGAAAAAACAGCGUCGGAAAUCUACUCCCACCUUAAUCACACUCAAUGUUGUUUUCUUCCCGAUCCUGCUGACCUUCAUCGCAAUCUCUGCGCUCCUUUCUUCUCCCUUGCUGCCACUCUUCACGCUGCCAGUGUUUUUAAUUGGGUUUCCUCGGCCCAUCCGAAGCUGGCCAGGACCUGUGGGUGCUGCAGCGUGUGUUUGCUCCGAUACCGUGUACUACCAGCAGAUGGUUCCAAGUCUGGCUGUUGCUCUGCAGUCUGCACUAGCAGCUGGUAGCCUAGGUCUCUCUCUACCUGGAUCCCAUUACUUGUGCCGUUUUCAGGAUAGACUGAUGUGGAUAUUGGUGCUAGAAAAAGGCUUCACCUACUGUGGUGUUAACAUUAAGGGGCUAGAACUGCAGGAAACAUCCUGUCAUGCUGCUGAAGCUCACAGAGUUGAUGAAAUUUUUGAAAUGGCCUUCGAACAGCAAGAGCACACAAAGAUUCUCUCUCUUAAUCACCAUUUUGGGCACAUUUUGACUCCUUGUACUGUUCUACCUGUGCGGCUGUAUUCCGAUGCCAGAAAUGUGUUAUCUGGAAUAAUUGAUUCUCAUGAGAAUUUAAAGCAUCUGAAAGAUGAUUUCAUUAAAGUGCUUGUAUGGAUGCUAGUCCAGUAUUGUUAUAAGAAAUCAAAAACAUGGCAAAGCCUGGGCAGUGCUGACAAGAGCAAAAAAGGAUCAUUUCCAGAAAAUCAGUACAGCGGUGCAGUAGAAAGAUCCAGGCCUGUGAAGGAAGAAGAUAGCUUUAGUGUUGAUACAGUUGAGGACUGGAGUGAUGACAGUGAAAUUUUUGACGCUGAACCCAGUGGCAGAAUGAAAGACAGGAAAGAACCGGGUCAGUUGGGAACUACACCAAAAGUACAUCUCUCUAUUCCAGGAUCUGUAGAAACACAGAGCCAAGGUGUCCCACAAGAAAUGUCACCCGAAGAUAAAUUAUACAGGACUGUUGUGCUUGGGCUUCCUGCUGUAGACAAAGGAAAACAGCAAGAAGUUUUACCUCGGGUUGAAUUUAGUUGCUCUUACUCAGAGCUAUUGCGCAUCCCUGAAGAAUGGAGAACGGCCCCUCUGCCUACGUCCAAAGUCAGUGAAAUGCGGCAGAGGUUUCCAGAGGAUUGGUACUACUUCAUUUUGAGUCAACUGGACUUCUUUCAUCUGAAGGAAAAGCCUUCCAAUUUACUUGAAGACCUUAUGAAAGAUAAAGCUUUGAAAGACUUGUACAUCGAUGGAGUAUUGUCGUGUUGUUUUGGUCUGUUUGGACUGGAUAACAGCGUGCCUGUCCCGAGCCACGUGUUCAGAGCGUACACUGGUGGGAUUCCGUGGUCUGUUGGUUUGGACUGGCUAACUGGCAAACCAGAGCUAUUCCAACUUGCAUUAAAGGCAUUCAGAUACACUUUUAAACUUAUGGUUGACAAAGCAAGCCUGGGUCCAGUUGAGAACUUCAAAGAGCUGGUUAACUAUCUGGAAGAAUAUGAAAACGAUUGGUACAUCGGAUUGGUGUCAGAUCUGGAGUGGCAGCAAGCGGUUCUUCAGGAAAAGCCAUUCCUUUUUUCACUGGGGCAUGACCCAAACAUGGGAAUUUACACCGGGCGAGUCCUCACUCUUCAGGAAUUGUUAGUACAAGUGGGAAAACUUAAUGAGGAAGCUGUUCGAGGUCAGUGGGCAAAUCUGUCCUGGGAGCUGCUGUACGCUACAAAUGAUGAUGAAGAACGCUACAGCAUCCAGGCGCACCCAGUUCUUCUGCGAAACCUUACUGUGCAAGCUGCAGACCCACCGCUGGGCUACCCCGUUUAUUCAUCUGAACUUCUGCAUCUGCCUUUGUUCUAG